AUGACUCACGCGUCCGACACCCUCUACGAAAAGCGGGAGUGUCGCACGGAUCAGGCGAUUGCCAUCGAUCAAGCUAGGACUGCAGAUACAGCAGCUUACAGUUGGCGGCUUACUUGCAUGAGCUGGGUCGAAAUAAACAUCCGCGUUUCAGUAUUUUUAAUGGAGUACUCAACAACGUCUGACCGUUCCGAAGAAAUUCCUGAAGAAUCGCAUCGCAGCUCCUCGUCCUCGAUGGAACUGCAGGAUUCAGAUGAUAAAACCUGUCCAAUCUGCUUACAUGAAGACCGGCCUUUAGCACAUGGAGAAUGCAGGCAUGGGUUUUGUCAGCCCUGUCUGGAACGUUUGCUUCUGUCACCAACGAUUUCACCGCGCAACGACAGACAAAGCGCUGCCUGCAACGUUGUGACGCCGACCUUGAACGUAUGUCCGAUAUGUCGAGACCGACUUUAUUUAUUCGAUUUGAAAUUCAAGGAAACGGGAAAGGUUCUCUAUGAGCCUUGUGUGCACUUCCAUGAUACGCCGCUCGCGGGAGCCGUCUACGCGGAUUCUCAAGUUGGAUCCGGAAGCUUCCACUUUCCUCCUUUUGCGGAAAGCGAGAACACAGAGGCGUACUUUAACGUUGAAAAUAUUCCGAGAUUGCUGGAUCUUCCUUCCCAUGUUCCUUUUAAGAACGUGAAUCUACACUGGCCAAGUAGAACGAUUGCUGGCGUCUUGGAAUUUCCGGUCGGUGAUUUUGAUCGCUGGAAUGUUUACCUUUCCUUUUCUGCCGACUGGCAGUUUGUGUGCCGCGGUGCAAUGAUCAAACGCCGGCGCAAAUUGAUUGACGCGGCCGCCAUACGCACCAAAUUUCCUUUGGACGGCUCAUGGUCUGUGACGACGACCAUUCACAACCAAUUGCCCAGUCAAACUCAAAUCCAUGUCCAAGGCCAUGCCUUUUACAACACCGCCGGCCAAUAUCACGUUUUGGGUAUCCAACGGGAUCGGGGCGCUGCACACGUUAUUUUCAAUGCAUCUCGUAUGCAACCGACAUUGGAGGCCUCUUCUGGGUUGGACGUGAGCCGGAUUCCGUUUGGUCCUGGAAUUGGUGAAGCCAUUGAAUGGAAACCAAUCGAGACCGAUUUCAUUGAAAAAGUUGAAUGGAAACGACUGUCUGUGUCGACGACUCUGCCGCCCGAUGAGGUCAAUCAGGUUGGAGGAAACUCUGGACGAGUGUAUCGAUUAGUUUCGGAGAGUACUGACGCGUUGCAAUCAUCAAGCAGAUUCGUGCCGACGUAUCACCCCGACACCGUGUGGGGCAACGUAUUCUGUCAAGCUUUCAAAGUUGGUUUAGCAUCAUAUCACUUUUCUCAAGACUCGAUCAAUGCAGCAGAGAGACGUGUGUAUAUUAGCUACGAAAAUCCCGCGACUGGCCUAUGGCCUCCACUGGACAAUGGCAUGCCUAUUCCUGGACGAGCAUAUUUCCACGCAUGCUCCUUUCCAGAUCCCCAUACGUUUUGCGGUCAAAUCCGUUGGCAAGAAGAUUUUGGAACACCUUGGCAGGGCAUGAUACGAUGGGAUUACACAAUUAAGUUUGAUUCCGAGUUCACAUGUAUUGUGGGUGGGGAUGUAAAGAGCCUCUCGGUAUACGACGCGGAAGUUCCCCAUGAAAUGUCUCGUUUUGGAGACUCGUUGAUUUAUGUCAACGCUGCCUUGUGGGACGUCUUUGUGCAAGCCCGACAGCAACAGGAUGAACAGGCCGAAAUAAGCGCAUUGUCUGAGCAGCGCGUUGGUUCACCCGGGAGUACCAGUAGUACAUACGAGCGCUUUCAGGAGCAUUCCAAUCUACUUCGCCAACGCUUACUUGCUGAAGGUGCGUCCGUCCGGACGGUGGCCAUGGUCCACGGUAUUUUUACGAAAGCUCAGCAUGAAAAUGAGGUGAAUCCUAUUGAUAUAAAUAUGUAAAUUGAUGACGGAGAUGCG